UAUGAAGCCUGAUGCUAAAAUCAAAUAGCUUUGAAUAAAGCACAUUUGUGUGUUCAAAUGGUGUAGUCAAAGUCCAGGCCUAAAUCUAAUUUGGAAUCUGUUGCAAAGCUUGAACAGUUAAGUGUCUAGAUCUGGAGUCUGCAGUAGUGCUGCCAAUCAUGCUUGUGUUACACACUAUAGAUUCUACCCAAUUGCAGAAUGCUAGGCUAGUUAGCGAGGCCACCGAUCACUGCAGAUUCCUGUAAAGGUAAGUUGUUUCUCCGCCGCUAGCAUAUAGCAGUGAGAUUGAUGUUGCUUGGCAGCGCUAGGACCCGCCUCCUGGCUCUGAUUGGUUGUUUCUGAUCUUUUCACAGAUUGUUUGUCUCAACAUGGUGACAGCUGUACAUAUUUUUGUAAAAGUGACAUGCUGUGGCUUUAAUGGAUAAGGUUUGUUGUGAUGACAAGGCAGCUGUCUGAAAGAGCAGGAACUUCUUAAAGAGACAGUGACGUCACACUGGAAAGUAAUUUGUUUUCAUUUAUGUUUGAUAUAUACACUUUCAUAACAAUUCAAGGUAACAGUUUGCCUGUAAAGUGCAUAACAUCGCCCCUACAAUGCUAUACUUUUCUGAUUUUUACUUGUAAAAGAAAAUGACUCAUCAAUAUGCUUCCACCAAAUUUACCACAACUUUGCUUUAAGUUUGUUGUGAACAUUUUGGUUCGAUAUUCUGUUCCCCUUUAUUGGGCUUUUGCAUAAACAUUUGUCCCUCUGUGAAAAGGUGUUCAGCAGCCGCCAGGACAUGCGCAGCAGAGCGUGGCAGACCUGGUCCCACAGAAAACAAGGGGUGUGAAGCAGCAGCGCAUGCGCCUCGCAGGAAUCCACGGGCGUCGAGCCUCACACCGCAGCGAUUGCAGAUUUUACGUGUCAUUUGUGAAGGAGAGCGACUGGCUGGGGGUCCGGAGCUCAUGAAACGGGAAUGGAGGAGGAAGCUAUCUGACUCCGGCUCACUUUUGUGAUUCCCAAGUUGAGUUGAAGCAGCCCGGGCUGCAGAUGCAACCUGCCACUAAUCCCCUCUCCUUCACUGCAGUGUUUCCUCUAGAGGCUCCACAGGCAGAGGGGACCACAAUGACAACCUGGUGAAUGUUGCUGGAUGGAGUGAAAAGCAGCAUCCAGCCCGCCGCAGGAUGCGCAUCCCCAAACCGACAAGGAAGAAGAAAGCAGAGCAACCUGGCUGCUUCCCUGCAGGCGCACGUCAGAGAUUUUCCUCGGUGCCGUGGAUUGAUCGCUUCCUUUCUGAUCAUCCUCCUGUAUAAUGGAGAGCUCCAAUGGCUCCGACUCCAAACCGCAGAGCCAACAGUUGGAGAAGAAGAGGCUGAACCGAGCGCCUUCCCCGGCGAGACCUUUCCUCAAGGAUGUGCACUCCCGCUCCAACAAGCCACCUGCCAUCGUCCCCAAAUCCCCGAAACUCGUCAAGCAGCAGCAGCAGUCUGCCACGGCGUCCUUAGCCCAUCCGAACCGAACCUCCAGGCGCAACACGACCGGGGCCAAAGAGAAACCAGCCACGCCAAAAAGUAGCAUCAAGUCUCCCGCCGCGAAAAAACCCACGAAGACGCCGCAGCUUGCAGCGGCAGCAGCCAGCAGCACCAAGCCGGACAGCACCAGCAGUCCGAUCCGCACCAAAGGCAAGAAGGGCAAACUAGCCGCGGGAUCCCCGGGGCCUCUCAGCCAUGGAUCUCCGAUCAGGGUUCCGACCGGCGUGCAGCUCAGCCGGGUCAGCCAGACGGACAGCAGCUCGGACCUGUCGGACUGCCCGUCCGAGCCGCUGUCCGACGAACAGAAGCAGGCGCCGGCCGCCAGCGACGCCGAGUCCGGCACCGGCUCCAGCGACCGGGAUCAGCCGGUGGGCGAUAAUCCCGCUGCUCCGGCGCCCACCGGCUCGUCUCCGGCUCAGUUCGCUCCGGGGCCGCAGGGAGAGAGACAGAAACCGGAGAAACCGUCCACCAGCGCACAAUUCAAACCAACAGGAACCAGCAGGGCUGCAGCCGAGGACAACCUGCUGCGGGAGAUUGACGAGCUGAGAUCUGAAAACGACUACCUCAAGGAUGAAGUGGAGGAGCUGCGAGCGGAGAUGGAGGAGGUUCGGGACAGCUACCUGGAGGAGGAGGUCUACCAGGUGCAGGAGCUGCGGCGGGAACUGGACCGGGCCAACAAGAACUGCCGCAUCCUGCAGUACCGGCUGAGGAAAGCGGAGCAGAAGAGCCUGCGUGUCGCUCAGACGGGCCAUGUGGACGGAGAGCUGCUGCGCAGUCUGGAGCAGGACCUCAAGGUUGCUAAGGAUGUGUCUGUGCGUCUGCACAACGAGCUGGAGAGCACGGAGGACAAGCGCAGCCGAGCGGAGGACGAGAACGAGACGCUCAGGCAGAAGAUCAUCGAGGUGGAAAUCUCCAAGCAGGCGCUGCACAACGAGCUGGAGAGGAUCAAAGAGACUGCACUGAGGCGACGCGGAAGCAGGGAAGCUUUUAAGGACAAGAAAUCCUCGAGUCAGGAGGAUAGUGCAGACCUUCGGUGCCAGCUCCAGUUCGCCAAAGAGGAAUCUGGCCUCAUGAGGAAGAAGAUGGCAAAGCUGGGUCGCGAGAAGGAUGAACUUGAACAGGAAUUGCAGAAGUACAAAUCAGUUUACGGAGACAUUGACAGCCCUCUUCCCCUGACAGAGUGCGCAGGCGGCGGCCCUCAUACGACUCGAGAGGCGGAGCUCCGACUGCGCCUGAAGCUGGUGGAGGAGGAAGCCAACAUCCUGGGGAGGAAGAUCGUGGAGCUGGAGGUGGAAAACCGCAGCCUGCGAGCGGAGAACGAAGACAUCCGCAGUCAGUACGAAAGAGACUGCUUUGGGCGGGAACCGUUCGCCAGCAUGCCCUCGUCUCCUUACGGCGGAGACCCGUUGGAGUCCGCGGGUGAACUGCGGCGACAUCUCCAGUUCGUCGAAGAGGAAGCAGAACUUCUGCGCCGAUCCAUCUCCGAGAUCGAGGACCACAACAGGCAGCUGACGUCUGAACUCAAUCGUUUCAAGUUUGGCCCCAGCAGCAUCUCCGGCGCUGACGAAGGCGUUGAGGCGGGAUUGUUUAAAUCUGGGAAUGGGGGCGGCGGUAACGGCUCCAGCUGUGGGUUGAUGAUGGAGGAGCUUAAAUCGGCGCGGAUGCAGAUCAACGAGCUUAGUGGGAAGGUGAUGAAGCUCCAGUACGAGAACCGAGUCCUCAUGUCCAACGUCCAGCGCUGCGACCUGGCCGCGCACCUCGGCCUUCGCACCGGGAGCCCUCGAGACAGCGACGCGGAGAGUGACGCCGGCCGGCGAGAGGCUGCAGAAGAGGAGGAAACGGGCCGACUUCUUCUCCUACAGCCAAAACGGGAGGGUCCAGUUGGCGGAGAGAGUGACUCUGAAGACCUGUUUGAGAAAACGGGAACCACGUCGGGGUUGGGAAGCAUCAAACCCUCGGAUGGCAGCGACCUGAGCGCCGUUGAGCUCGCCAAUCGCAGAAGGGAGGAGCGGGAGUCGUUCGCCAACGUGAAAAGAGAGGCCGACCGGCUGGGGAAGACCGUCGAUCGUCUGAUCACUGACACAGACAGUCUGAUCUUCGAAGGCCGGCUGCUGGUGACCACAGGGGAGAGCCUGGAAGGCGGAUCCAAACCGGACUCUCAAGUUCUGGACACCAUCAACACUCGCAUGAAGGCUUUCCGUACAGAACUGCACAUCUUCAUGGAGAAGCUGGACCACGUAGGAGACGGGCUGAGAGAGAGGACCGACGAUCUGUCUCCAAUGCCGAACCUCACAGAGUCCAGCAGCUUCCUGUCUACCGUUACGUCCAUGUCCCGCGACUCUCCUAUCGGCACCUUCGGAAGAGACCUGGUCACAGACUUCCAGCACCGGGACACGGCAGCUGCUGAGGUUCAGUUUCGUCUGGAUCACGAACGCCGGAUGAGAGCAGCAACAGAGGAGCGGGAGCCUGGCAGCAACCUGCCCCAGGAGGAGCAGCGUUUACGCCUGGAGCCGCAGCGUGAAGGCCUGGAGCUUCAGGGCCUCCAGAGCCACGCGGCGCCCUGGGCUCAGGAGCGAGCGCUGCUGCAGCAGGAGGUGCGCCUGUUCAGACGCAACACCAUCAUCUUCUACAUGAAGCUCAGGGGAAUCCUGCUGCACUGGAGGCUCGGCUGCAAGGGCGACUCUGGAGACGAGACCGCCGCUCCCGACUUGGAGAAGCUGGAGGGUUUCCCAGAGAUGGGAGUGACGGCGGAGCCGGCGGAGGGGGAGGCAGAACGAGACGACAGGCCGUGUUUAGCACAAACUCCGGGGGACGUCCCUGAAACUGGACCCGCCGUCUCUCUGCUGUCCCCUGACCAGCACCUGCAGCACCAGAGACAGUUUGGUGAGAACAGGCGAGUGCUGCAGGCCCUGCGAUCGCUCCUGGAAGAGUUUCGAGACGAGCUGAGGGAGGAGCAGAUGAGGCGGUGCCAACUGCAGCAAGCGUAUGCCAACGACAAGGCCGCCUGGGAGGUCAAGUGGACAGAGAUGAAGUGCCAGGCCGCCCAGCUGGAGGAGGAGGGAGGUGAAAAGGUGCGAGGUGAAGCUCAGGGAGGCGAAGAGGAGCCGCCUGGAGGAGAGGCGGAGUGGGCCCUGACCCAGGAGCGCGAGGAGCAACGGCGCCUGCUGGCCCAGAGCCACAGCGAGUCUCUGGACCUGCGCUGGAGGCUGCAGCACGGAGAGAAGAGGUGGAGCCGCGAGAGGGCGGAGCUCCAGGAGCGCUUCGACCGGGAGCGCCAGGAGUGGGACGGCAGCAUGAGGGAACUCCGCCGGAAGAUGGACCGGAUGCAAAGGGAACUGAACAGCAGACGAGGCGAAGGCCCCGACAUCAAAGAUGGCAGCUUGGCCCACAGAGGAGUGUUUUCACCUCAGGAAAGCCCGUGCAGCGUCCCGCGCUCCCCUCACACUCCUCCGUCCCCCUGUUCGUCCACUCCAGUGCCUGCGCCCCCCACGCGCUCCCACUCAGACUCUGAGGCGUUGCUGGGAGAGCAGGGGGCCGCCGUGAGGCUGAAGGGCCCGACGGAGAACCUGUUCCUGGAUGCGCUGUUUCUGGACCCCCUGAGUGGCCUGGAGGUCCCGCCGCCCUGUCGACUGGAGAGCGAGAAGAGGUUCCCCUGCAUGAACGAGGCUCUGAAUGAGAUUUCAGAGGGUGACGGCGCUCCUGGAUACCCAGAAGAGGAGAUGAGGGAAGGUGGAAGUCUCCUCAGAGCCAAGUCUGUAUGCUCCAUGAGCGACUUCCAGCGGCUGAUGGACAGCUCGCCAUUCCUCCCCGACAAGUCACGGCCCGGCGGCCCCGACCAAGACGACGUCACGCCGCCGCUCUCUCCGGACGACCUCAAGUACAUCGAGGAGUUCAGCAACAAGGGCUGGGGCUUCCCUGGCCCACGGUCGGUUCUGGAGGGGGAGGCCGGGUCCGACCCGUUUCCGCCAGCCUCCUGGUUCCUGACCACCAGCGCCACCCUGACCACCAGCACCCUGAGCAGCCCCGAGCACUGCCACAAGUCCCCGCUCAGGGGCCCCGGGGCCGGGGUCGGAGUGGAGCACUACGGGGUUCCCAUCCUCCACAGUCCGACCCGAGCGGGGGCGGCGGACCGAACCGCGACCCAGGACCCGGAUCUGCUUUAUUCCAAAGCAAUAAAGGGUAGCAAACCGCGGCUGGGCGGAGACGCCGGGGAGUCAGACGAGGUGUUCAGCGGUCCCCGGUGGCCGUGUCUCCUGGAGGGCGGCGGACUCCGGACGUCUCCCAGUCCGUCCCCCAUCUGCUCCACUUUGGGUUAUGCCUCCUCUCUGGAGCUGCAGCUUCAGAAAAACCUGAGCGACGACAUGAAGGAGGUGGCCAUAUCCGUCUGCAACGCCAUCCGCUCCCCGCCGGGGCUGGCGGUGCACGACACCGCCUGCCAGACCAACGGCUUCACCACGCGAGGAACCCAGACGACCCAGACCAUCAGCGUCGGCCUGCAGACGGACCUGCUGCGGAACCUGACCAGCAGCCCCCACCGCUGCCUCACCCCGAAAGGUGGCAGCACACCCAUCUCUUCUCCGUCGCGCAGCACGAGGAAGGUGCAGUACUCGCCGGUGGUGCAAAGCAAGUUCGAGCGACCAUGCUGCUCGCCCAAAUACGGCUCCCCGAAGUUGCAGCGCAAGCCAUCCACGUCCGGGAAGAACGAGCCGCCAAACAACAGCCGUACCGCCACCCCCACCGCCAUGCCCUCCACCCCCCAGAAGGGCAACAGUGAGUCGGCGUGGGCGCGCUCCACCACCACCCGGGACAGCCCCGUCCACACCACCAUCAAUGACGGCCUCUCCAGCCUCUUCAACAUCAUUGACCACACGCCGGUCGUCUUCGAGAAGUUCAACAAAUCCCCAAGCCGCUCCCGGCAGACGCCACCCACCACCGCAGAGCCCAGCCCGGCUCAUGGCGGCGCCGCCAGGGGACGGUCACCCAGCCCAGUGCAGCUGAUUGUGGAGACUCAGGGCGAUAGGAACCCAGAGGUGGUCAGCAUCCGACAGGACCUGUCCGCGCCGCCGGGAUACACGCUGGCCGAAAACACGGCACGUAUCCUGAACAAGAAGCUGCAGGAGCAGAGCUUCCGGGAGGAGCGGCGGCUGCAGGCAGGCGGGCAGGGCGGCCACGGCAGGGACGCCGUCCGGACGGCGGAGACGGACAGAGGACAAUCUGGAUGUAUGGAGGACCUGCCUCGGUCGCCGGUGGCGCCGCCUUUGGACUCCUGCUUCCUGCGGCCGGCCCGCCCGGCGAACCGCCGACCCCCGUCACGCUGGGCCGCGCGCUCCCCCUCCUCUUCACCCAAGUGGAGCGAGGGGACGAAGAGGAGGUUCACCUUCCCGCCGAUGGGACACAGGAAGCCCAUCCUGGAGGGAGAAGAACCGGCGUGACUUAUCCCUCCCCCCUCUUUCUUCGUUUAAGCCGACCCAGUACCUCAGAAUCGUCCCCCCAGAACGAGAGACUCGUAAAGACACGGCGCCUGAAUCGGGGGAGGGGGUUCUAAUACGUAGCACCAGCGGAUCACUAAAGGAACCAGGACUUUUUGGAAGAAUCUGGAAUGUACUGUAAUAUCAUGAGAUCACAGCGUUCGGUAAAUCCAUUUCCAUCAGAGGUGCCUGUCCAGGUGCGUCUUAAUGAAUCAGAAUAUCACAGAAAAAUUUAAAUUCCUGCUGGAAUUCAGUUCAAAAUAAUCGAUAUUGACACAGAGUGAAAUAUUUAAUAUUUAAAAUAUUUAAAAUAUGUUUGUUUGGACUGAAAGGUGACUUUCCCUCUGGGAUUAAUGAAAUAAACUCAAUUCAGUUGUGGCUUACAGAUAAUAAAAACCCUUCAGUUUUUUGGGGAAAUUUGAAAGUCACAUAAAAAAGGAUUCUUAUUAUGGAUGCAUCUAUAUUAAAGGCUGAUAUUGAUAUUUGAUAUUAAUAUCAAUAUUUACCAAUAUUAUAUAUAUUUCACAUCCGUUUUGACACAUUUGGAAACAAAAAUAAAUAUUGGUUGUUCAUAUCGGCCCAGUUUUAUUCAUCAGUCUGGUACUGAUGUGUUUAAAAAUGACUAAUGUCACCCGAUACUGAUGUUAGUGUCGAUAUCCAAUAGCAGUCAGUGUAACAAUAUAUCUAAUGAAACCUCUGACUGAAGACUGUUGCUGUAUGAAAGUGUCAUGGCAUGCUAACAGGUCAAUAUCCGAUAUUCCAGAGCAACAUGUUCUGGAUGACAUCAGUUGCUACCAAGCAUUUCAGAUGCACCUCCUUUGCUUUUGCUGCUCCUGUUUUAAAAAUUAUUUCUGUGGUUAUAAAGCCUCACAGAGAGACGUUGGAGUAGGGGAUGUGAUCCUUUCUCUUAAUAAUCCAUGGAGGAGAUGGAUUUCACUUCCUCCUUCUGUUAUUUGAGUUAGUGAGAUGCUAAUUAGCUGCUCCGUUUUAAAAACAAAACGUGUUGCCAAGGUUACAUAUAACCAAAAAUCACUCCAGCUGUACGCCAUCAAAAACGAAAGGAAAUAACUGUCCAGCAACUCUUUUGUGUUCCUGUACGUAUUUACAGUUACACUUGUAGUUUUUCUGUGUACUCUUGUUGCCAAACAUUUCGUUGACAAAUUCACUAUCGUGUCUUUGUGCAAAGGCAGUAAAGUAUGUCUAAAUAUAUUUUUUUUUAAAGUGUGAAGAAAAGUUUACAGAAUGCAGAACUAACAAAAUAUCUUUGCCUCCAUUAGCAGCCAAAUUCUAGAAUUCAGUUUUUCCUUCCACUCAACUUUCAGAGACAUUGCUGUGAACAGUAGGCUUCUUUAGGAUUGACCUUUUCUUUGUUAAUCCUGUUUUUCAUUGACUUUAUGUAAUUCUCUGAAUUUCUAAAAAAAAAUUAAGUUUGGUCCUUUGUUCGUUAAAAGCCAUAAUGAUCAAAAUUAAUAUCCAUGAAUACUUGAAAUAUUCUCUGUUUUAGUAAAUCUGUGUAAAUUAAACUUUUUGAGCUGAAUCACUGAAAUAAAUAAACUUUUUGAUGAUAUUCUAAUUAAUUGACACGCACCUGUAAGUUUAAGUUACUCAUUACCCCUCAUAUUUAAAUGUAUUUAAAUGUAUUUGCUGCAGUUUUUAACCUUUUUUCAGGAAAAAAACUGCUGGCUAGCUGAACAUUGCACUGUUCUUUUCUGUUACCAGUUUAUUUUUUUACAUCAUUCAUGUAUCUGUACAUGAUUUUUUUUUCACUUUGCCUGCCUGUCAAGUUCACUUUUCUCCUUCAACGCCAGAAACGAAAACAAAACAAUUUUUGCUUUAUUCUUCUGGCCUGAAGGGGAAACCCAUGGUGUCAUUUCUGAUGCUACCGUCCUUAUUUAUUUUUACGUUAAGAUGAAUGAAUCUCUGUUGACUUGAUGAACCUGAAGAAACUUAUGCAUAUUUGGAAGGCAGAAUAAAACCAGUUUGCAUGCCUUUUGAACACUAGCACUUUAGUGCAUGUACAUCCGAGCUCUAGUCUUUUGUGGUCACUCUGCUCGGCCGUGAUGAAAAGCUCAUCGCAAAGGGAAUCUCGAGCUGAUAUUGUUGUCACAUGAAAUACCAGUUUUUAAGUAAAUUAUUGUACCUUCUAGGCUGUCUUUGUUACUGUUGGAUAUGGAUGUUUGUUUCUUUUGACAAGAAAAACGGAUUGUGAAAACAAAAAUAUGAAUGUUUUAAAUGGAACGUCUGUGUCAAAAAAAAAAAGUCUAACAAGCUAUAGUCUUAUGAAAAUAUUAAAUGGUAAUAAACAUGAAUGUGUAUUUACAAGUU